UCGCAUAUAUCUGAGCUGCACUGUAUGCAGCCUGUGGAGUAAGAAUGAUGGUUUGCUAGAUUUGCAGUGGACCAGGUGGCAAUUUGCAGGGAGGAAAAUCUUAUGGAGGCUCCAAAGAUGCCAGGAUGCUUUACAUCAAAUACAAAUUGUGCAAGAUUUCCUCAGUUUAUCCUGCACGCUACAAGGCCAAGCCUCUUGAGCUGUCUAAACUCAUCUACUGCUCCCGUACUGUUCCAGAAUUAGAGAAGGUUCUUGAAGAACUAAAGGUUCUUUUAGAAUAUUAUGAGAAGGAAACUGGACAGAAACCCAAACUUUUGGGCUUAGGACUGAGCUCCAGAAAGAAUCUCUGUAUUCAUCCUGAGGUGAGUGCAGAAAGAGAAGGAAAGAAAGUAGAUGGGAAGUGUCUGAGUUUGACUGCAUCUUAUGUACGUUUGAAACAUAAGGAAGACAAUACAGUCCCUGUCUGUGCACUUUAUGAGGCUUUUGAUGCUCAUGGUAAGGAGGAGAAGCUUGCUCCUGGAGUGUAUAAUCUAGGUGAUCUAAAAGAAGUUGGCAAGAACAAGGGGUGGUGUCCAUAUUAUUUGGCAAGAUACACAAUUUAUCACGCCAACAUAGUCGUGUACAGUUAUCAUUACCUCUUGGAUCCUAAAAUCGCUGACCUUGUGUCCAAAGAACUGGAGAAGACUUCAGUUGUUGUCUUUGAUGAAGCACACAACAUUGAUAAUGUGUGUAUUGAAUCUCUGAGUGUGAAAAUAUCAAGACGAACUUUAGACAGAAGUCAUACCAAUGUUGAGUCAUUGGCUAGAACUGUGAAGAAUCUCAAACUUAGAGAUGCUGACAAACUAAGGCAGGAAUACAACAGACUAGUUCAGGGUUUACGAGAUGCAAGUGUUGCAAGAGAAACUGAUGUGGUAUUAGCUAAUCCAGUAUUACCCGAUGAAAUCUUGGAAGAGGCAGUGCCUGGAAAUAUUAGACAAGCUGAACAUUUUGUGAAUUUCAUGAGACGAUUCAUUGAGUACUUAAAGACCAGGCUGAGAGUACAGCAUGUGGUACAGGAAAGCCCUCCAUCUUUUCUACAGCAUGUUUAUCAGCAAGUCUGUAUUGAAAGGAAACCUCUUAGAUUCUGUGCUGAGAGGCUGAGUUCUUUGCUGUACACUUUGGAACUUCCUGAUGUUCAAGACUAUGGCCCCCUGACAUUGAUUGCCAAUUUUGCAACUCUUGUGAGCACCUACAGCAAAGGUUUCACCCUUAUUAUUGAGCCAUUUGAUGAUAGAACACCAACCAUACCAAAUCCAAUCCUUUACUUCAGUUGUAUGGAUGCUUCCAUCGCCAUAAAACCUGUUUUUGAUAGAUUCCAGUCAGUUGUCAUCACGUCAGGGACAUUGUCGCCAAUAGACAUGUAUCCUAAGAUUCUUGAUUUUAGACCAGUUACUAUGGCAACAUUCACAAUGACGCUUGCCAGAAUUUGCUUGUGUCCUAUGAUUGUUGGCAGAGGAAAUGAUCAAGUGGCCAUUACAACAAAGUUUGAAACUAGAGAUGAUACUUCUGUCAUGCGUAACUACGGUAACCUAUUGGUGGAAAUGUCAGCAGUGGUGCCUGAUGGGAUAGUUUGUUUCUUUGUCAGUUAUCAGUACAUGGAGGCAGUUGUGUCCAUCUGGCAUGACCAGGGCAUUAUCAGCAACAUUCAGAGAAAUAAACUGCUCUUCAUUGAAACACAAGAUGCAGCAGAAACCAGUUUAGCUCUUCAUAAUUACCAAAGGGCUUGUGAAAAUGGGAGAGGAGCCAUAUUGCUCUCAGUAGCCAGAGGAAAAGUUUCAGAGGGAAUCGACUUUGAUCAUCAUUACGGCAGAGCAGUUAUUAUGUUUGGUAUUCCUUAUGUUUAUACACAAAGUAGGAUUUUAAAGGCCAGGCUUGAGUAUCUCAGAGAUCAGUUUAACAUCAGAGAAAAUGAUUUCCUUACCUUUGACGCCAUGAGGCACGCUGCUCAGUGUGUUGGUCGAGCCAUCAGAGGAAAAACUGAUUAUGGAAUCAUGGUGUUUGCUGACAAGAGGUUUUUCAAAGUAGACAAGAGAGGUAAACUGCCAAAAUGGAUCCAGGAGUACCUGAAAGAAGGAGUAUGCAACCUUUCCAUCGACGAGGCAGUGCAGAUCAGCAAGAGAUUCCUUAGACAGAUGGCUCAACCGUUUGACAAGGAGGAUCAGCUUGGCUUAUCACUUCUAACUGUUGAACAAGUGGAGUCUGAAGAGUUUCAGAAACGAAUUCUACAGUCAGCUGUUGCCUAAUUCUGUAAGAGAGGAUACUUACCUUCAACUUGAGGAAACUUCCGUUACAAGCGACCUUCAUUUCUGACGUUGAUGGACCUCAAAACGCACAUUGUAUCUUCACGAAUACAAUGAUAUAUAGCAAAUGCAAUAGAAGAAGCGUAAAUGGUUCAAAGCAGAGAAGCCUUCACGUACUACACUGGGCUAGGACUUGAUUAUAGUGAGGAUGAAGGCCAGCUAACAACACGCUCCUAUCCCCUUCUGCAAUACGAAAUGAUGAAUGCAAAAAAAUAAAAGUAUAAUGGACGAAAAGCAGCAGCCAAAAUAGUCAAGGCAGAGUGAAAUUUGUAGUUCGUCCCUGAGGGACAUGUGAAAUGCUUCCAUGUCACCGUGAAUGAAGCUUAAAAGUUCUGACCGUUUUCUGUGUUGCUAAAUCGCGCAGACAACCUAUCAAAUAUAGGCCUGUCCUAAGUUGGAAAAAAACAUCCGACUUAUAGAUCAAGAAUAACUUUGUUAAAGUUUACAUUGUCACACGUAUGUUUGUUAUGGUUAUUUACUUAGCCUUGUGUUCAAAAAAUUGGUACCCAAGCAGUAUUGACAAUUUAAGAAAAGUUCCCUGAAGGAGACAUGUGUCAGUUAUUGUGCGGUUUGCACGCUGAACGUUUUACAUGUGUACCGUACAAGCUUACCUUGACUAACCCGUUGCAUUUAUUCAGUUUUGUAGCCUAUCAUGAUAUAAAUAAAGUUGUUUGUUCUUUCUUUCAGUAAACUGAUGAAAGUCAAUUAAAGAACUAAGA